AUGACCCCUGCAACUCUUCCAACCAAGCCUCUCGGCCGCAACGGCCCUCUUGUCUCAACCAUAGGCUUUGGAGCCAUGGGUCUUAGUUCCAUGUACGGAUUUGGGGGCUCAGACGAAGACCGGUUCAAGGUUCUAGACCGUGCCCACGAACUAGGCAACACCUUUUGGGACACUGCCGAUGUCUACGGCGAUAGCGAGCAACUGCUCGGCAAGUGGUUCAAGCAUUCCGGAAAACGAGACGACAUCUUUCUUGCCACCAAGUGCGGCGGCGUUUACGAUCCCUCUACUGGCAAAGCAUCGAUUCGUUCCGAUCCCGAAUAUGUACGACAGGCUUGUGAUAAGUCACUCCAGUUGCUGGGAGUCUCUCACAUUGAUCUCUUCUACAUGCACCGGGUCGAUAAGGAGACCCCAGUUGAGCUUACCAUCAAGGCUCUAGCUGAAUUAAAAGAGCAGGGGAAAAUCCGACAUCUCGGGCUAUGUGAAGUCUCUGCCGCGACCCUCCGGCGCGCGCACGCCGUCCACCCGAUCACGGCGAUCCAGGUCGAGUACAGCCCCUUCUCGGUGGACAUUGAGAAGCCCCAGAUCGAUAUUCUUAGCACGGCAAGGGAACUCGGCAUUGCGGUUGUGGCUUACAGCCCCCUGGGCCGCGGCAUGUUGACCGGGCAGAUCAGGUCCCCGGACGACUUUGACGCUGACGACUUCCGCAAGAGCCUCCCGCGAUUCUCAAAAGAGAACUUCCCGAAGAAUCUGGCAUUGGUGGAAAAGAUUGGGACCAUUGCCACCAGUAAAGGCGUGACGCCUGGGCAGUUGACGUUAGCGUGGCUGCUGGCACAGGGCGCGGACAUCUUCCCCAUCCCCGGCACUAAGAAGAUCAAGUAUCUGGAAGAGAAUUUGGGGGCCGUCGACGUGGAGCUCAGCAAGGAUGAAGAUGCGGAGAUCCGCAAGGCUAUAGACGAGACGGAAGUGAUUGGGGGUCGCUAUUCAGACGCCCAUUCGGAUCAUCUAUUUGCUGACACCGUAGCACUCGAGAGCAAAUGA